UGCAACAGCACAGGAAAUAGCCAUAGUUAUACCAACAGUUCCCUCAAUGCACUUCAAGCCCUCAGUGAGGGUCAUGGGGUCUCAUUAGGGUCAUCGUUGGCUUCACCGGACCUAAAAAGGGGCAAUUUGCAAAACUCCCCAGUUAAUAUGAAUCCUCCCCCACUCAGCAAGAUGGGAAGCUUGGACUCCAAAGACUGUUUUGGACUUUAUGGGGAGCCAUCAGAAGGUACAACUGGACAAGCGGAGAACAGCUGCCACCCUGGAGAGCAAAAGGAAACAAGUGAUUCCCGCAUGCCCCAGGCUGUGAGUGGGGACAGAGCUGAGGGACAGAACCGGUUACAUGACCGCAAAGGGCAGACCAAACUCCUGCAACUGCUGACCACCAAGUCUGACCAAAUGGAGCCUUCACCCCUGCCCAGCUCUUUGUCAGACACAAACAAGGACCCCACAGGCAGCUUAUCUGGGCCUGGCUCCACACACGGGACCUCGCUCAAGGAGAAGCAUAAAAUUUUGCACAGACUCUUGCAGGACAGCAGUUCCCCUGUGGACUUGGCCAAGCUAACAGCAGAAGCUACAGGCAAAGAGCUGAGCCAGGGGUCCAGUAGCACAGCUCCUGGGUCUGAAGUGACUAUUAAACAAGAGCCAGUGAGCCCCAAGAAGAAAGAGAAUGCACUACUUCGCUAUUUGCUAGAUAAAGAUGAUACUAAAGAUAUUGGUUUACGCGAAAUUACCCCAAAACUUGAGCGACUGGACAGUAAGACAGACCCUGCCAGUAAUACAAAACUAAUAGCUAUGAAAACUGAGAAGGAGGAGAUAAGCUUUGAGCCCAAUGACCAGCCUGGCAGUGAGCUAGACAACUUGGAGGAGAUUUUGGAUGAUUUACAGAAUAGUCAGUUACCACAGCUUUUCCCAGACACGAGGCCUGGCGCCCCUGCUGGAUCAGUUGACAAGCAAGCCAUCAUCAAUGACCUCAUGCAACUCACAGCUGAAAACAGCCCUGUUACACCCGUUGGAACCCAGAAAACAGCAUUGCGAAUUUCACAGAGCACUUUUAAUAACCCACGACCAGGGCAACUGGGCAGGUUAUUGCCAAACCAGAAUUUACCACUUGACAUCACAUUGCAAAGCCCAACUGGUGCUGGACCUUUCCCACCAAUCAGAAACAAUAGUCCUUACUCAGUGAUACCUCAGCCAGGAAUGAUGGGUAGCCAAGGGAUGAUGGGAAACCAAGGAAACUUAGGGAACAGUAUCACAGGAAUGAUUGGUAGCAACGCUUCCCGGCCCACCAUGCCAUCUGGGGAAUGGGCACCUCAGAGUUCACCUGUGAGAGUCACUUGUGCUGCUACUGCCAGUGCUAUGAACCGGCCAAUCCAAGGAGGUAUGAUUCGGAACCCAACAGCCAGCAUCCCCAUGAGACCCAACAACCAGCCUGGCCAAAGACAGAUGCUUCAGUCUCAGGUCAUGAAUAUAGGUCCAUCUGAGUUAGAGAUGAACAUGGGCGGAGCUCAGUAUAGCCAACAACAAGCUCCUCCGAAUCAGACUGCCCCGUGGCCUGAGAGCAUCCUGCCUAUAGACCAGGCAUCUUUCGCCAGCCAGAACAGGCAGCCAUUUGGCAGCUCUCCAGAUGAUUUGUUGUGUCCGCAUCCUGCAGCUGAGUCGCCAAGUGAUGAGGGAGCCCUCCUGGACCAGCUUUACCUGGCCUUGAGGAACUUCGAUGGCCUUGAGGAGAUGGAUAGAGCUCUGGGAAUACCAGAACUGGUCAGCCAGAGCCAAGCAGUAGAUCCAGAACAGUUCUCAAGUCAGGAGUCCAACCUCAUGCUGGAGCAGAAGGCCCCUGUUUUCCCACAGCAGUAUGCAUCUCAGGCCCAGAUGGCGCAGAGCAGCUAUACUCCCAUGCAAGAUGCAAAUUUCCACACCAUGGGACAGAGGCCUAGUUACGCUGCACUCCGGAUGCAGCCCAGACCAGGCCUCAGGCCCACAGGCCUAGUGCAGAACCAGCCAAAUCAACUGAGACUACAGCUUCAGCACCGCCUCCAAGCACAGCAGAAUCGCCAGCCACUUAUGAAUCAAAUCAGCAGUGUUUCAAAUGUGAACUUAACUCUGAGGCCUGGGGUACCAACACAGGCACCUAUUAAUGCACAGAUGCUGGCUCAGAGACAGAGGGAAAUCCUGAACCAGCAUCUUCGACAGAGACAAAUGCAUCAGCAACAGCAGGUUCAGCAACGAACUUUGAUGAUGAGAGGACAAGGGUUGAAUAUGACACCAAACAUGGUGGCUCCUAGAGGUCUACCAGCAACCAUGAGCAAUCCCCGGCUUCCCCAGGCAAAUGCCCAGCAGUUUCCAUUUCCUCCAAACUACGGAAUAAGUCAGCAACCUGACCCUGGCUUCACUGGGGCCACGACUCCCCAGAGUCCUCUAAUGUCACCCAGAAUGGCACAUACCCAGAGCCCCAUGAUGCAGCAGUCUCAGGCCAACCCCGCCUAUCAGGCCCCCUCAGACAUGAAUGGAUGGGCACAAGGGAACAUGAGUGGAAACAGCAUGUUUUCACAACAGUCCCCACCACACUUCGGGCAGCAAGCAAACACCAGUAUGUACAAUAACAAUAUGAACAUCAAUGUCUCCAUGGCGACCAACACAGGUGGCAUGAGCAACAUGAACCAGAUGACAGGACAGAUCAGCAUGACCUCAGUGACCUCCGUGCCUACGUCAGGGCUGUCCUCCAUGGGUCCCGAGCAGAUGCAAAUAAAAUACUUUUGA